CAGUUCCCCAGACUACUGUAGUCCACCUGAGGUUAGACCGGUUUAGAACUGGUAUAGACUGAGUUGAACUGGUUCAGACCAGUUCAGAUAAGGGUGGCGAUAGUUAUUGAAGUCUUCUCUUCCUGUGUAUUGGAGACAUAAUUAUGAUGCUUAUAAAAGUCUUAUUUUGAAUGAGACAAAUCUCUAUUAUGGAGAGAGUCUGUCUCGGUCUGUUGGGUGUACUCCUGGUUAGGUCUGUUUAUAUAAAGUGUUAUUGGAAGUGUUUCUGCUCCUCUGGGUGGGGUUCUUAUCUGAACGGGAAAUAAGACUCAAGACACUGAUUAAACUGGUAAUUACUGUUGCCACAGUCUUAAUCUGCCUGGCUAGACAAAGGGUAUGUGUGCGUCUGUGUCGCAACCCACCAGCUCUUUAUUUAUAUCCCUUUCCUUCCCUCUCACUGCCUCAUUUAUCUGUCUCUGUCUAUUCCUCGAUCUCUGGGAGAAUCUUAAUUGCAUACUCCUUGCCUUCUACUCAAAAUCCAUUGGAUGAGAAAGACAGGUUUAACCUCUGGCCUUCUCCAUCACCCAUGUACUAUUGUCAUUACAUGAAUGUGUUACAGAUUACAAAGAGCUUCACUGCCCAAGAUUAGAGGUACACCCACACACUUUAGCCUAGGCAACUAAAUCAUGAUAAACUAGACUAUAACACUUUAAAAUCACAUUCGGUGUGGUUAAAUCCGUUAUGUUGCAUCCAUCCCUCUAGUCUGAGCUUCAAACAACAACCUUUUCAUUCGCUGCCAAAGAACGAGCGUAAUAGUUUCAGCCUAUUUGGAUCAUUAUUCCUUACUGUGUAAUUAUAGAUGCAUGUACUGUUAGCAACAGGUGGGAGUGGCUCUCUCUCUCUCUCUCUCAAGGUUCUUUGGAGCGAGACAGACGCGGCUGUUAUUAUACCAUCACCAGACUGCAGGAGGCUACGGCAACACAGACCGCGUGCUUUUUUUCUAAACGGAUAAACAGACAGAGAAAACAAUAACAACGGACGAGUAGCUGUUAUAAUCACCGUCCGCUCUCCUCCAAUACCGAAUACACAACUGGGACCAAAGAAAGUCUCCAUUCCAUCUUUCCUGUCCCGCCUGUCUCUCUCUCCUUCCCUUCCUUUCUGUCUCUCUUCCCCUGUCUCCCCCCUCCUUUCCUUCUCUCUCUGUGAUGAGGAGCUGUGGGUAAGGCUGUGGGUGAGGGUCCGUGUCCAGUCUGAAGCUGGGGAAGCUAAAGGUGGUGCGGCGGCAGCUGCUGCAGAGGUAUGAGCACCAGCCGUUUGUGUCAUGUCUGGCUGGUCUAUACGGCUGUCAAUGGAGACGCUACCAGAGGGCCAAGUCACAGCCUGGGGAGAGCUGCUGCAGCAGGGUGGAGUGUGGGAGCGUGGUAUUCCUGGUCCUGACCUUCCUUCUCUCCUCUUUGUUCCUCUACUUCUGGAGCCAGGCUCACAACGAUUACAAUGACUUUGACUGGUUUAAAUUUGAGACUCUGGGAUUCUGGUUCCCCUGGUCUCUGGUGCUGCUGGUUGUUGCUGCUGCUCUGUUCACCUACAUCUCUCUGCUGCUGGUACUAGCAGUGUGUUUACUGUCUGAGGGACAGAGGCUGUAUCUUCACUGGAGUCACAAGAUGGGGAUCGUGGUGACCAUGGCGUUCUCUGUCAGUGCCACGGCCGUUCUCUCUGAGGUGUGGAGUAAAGAGUGGAAGACCCUUCUCCUCUCCCUGCAGGUCACAGCCCCCUUUCUUCAGGUAGGCGGGGUUUUAUUGAUGACUCUCCUGUCCUGGCCAAUUGCGCUGCACUUUUUUCGUUUGAACAAGAGAGUGCAUCAGGUGUGUCUGUUGGGUGUGUACAUGAGUGUAUUGUUCAGUCUGUACCUGGUUCCUCUGGCCAUGUAUUCUCCCUGCAUCAGAGAAGCUGGAACCCUGGGGCCAAAACCAACACUACUCGGACGCAGAGGAGCUCCCAUGCUUGCCCCAGAGAACACUCUAAUGUCUUUUGAGAGCGCAGUGGAGGCUGGAGUGGAUGGGUUUGAGACUGACGUCACUAUAAGUGCUGAUGGCGUUCCAUUUGUGAUGCAUGACCUGACCCUUCAGAGGACCACUAACGUAGAAGAGGUGUUUCCUAACAGAACACACACACCUGCUGCCCUAUUCACCUGGUCUGAUGUACAGCAGCUCAACGCUGGGGCCUGGUUCCUCUCUUGGGAUCCGUUUGGCACGGUGUCCUCUCUGUCACCAAAGCAGCGAGCGCUAGCUGCCAAUCAGACGGUUCCCUCCCUGGAAGAAGUUCUGGACGUAGCGAAUCGGACGGGCAGGACAGUGUUGUUUGACCUGAGACAACCUCCUCCUGGACACCCUUACAGAGACAACUACCUCAACAUCACCCUGGACCUCAUACACACACACAUCAACUCUAGUCAGGUGCUGUGGCUGCCAUCAGAUCAGAGAGAGGAGAUACAGCAGGUGGAUCCAGAGCUGCAACAGACAGCAGGACGGACUGCUUCUAUUCAGGAACUACAGGACAACCACAUCACUACCCUCAACCUGCACUACAGCACCAUGUCUCUACAGCACGUCAGUAAGUACAGGUCGGUGAACAUCAGUGUGAACCUGUAUGUAGUGAACCAGCCGUGGCUCUACUCUCUGGCCUGGUGCAGUGGAGCAUCCUCUGUUACCACCAACAACAUGCUGCUGAGAGAUAUACACACACCGCUGCUCCUUGUGACUCCAGAGCAGUAUAGUGUGAUAUGGGUUCUGACUGACCUGGUCUCUGCUGCUCUUAUUGUCUGUGUCUUCAUAUUCCACUGGUGGCGUGAACGAGGCCUACACUUCUGGUCAGGCAGUCGACAGACACAUGAGACCAGGCCUUAUAGCAAGUUCAGGACCGAUCCUGUGGAGUCAGGGUGGGGUCGAUGGAAUCCCUUCCACUCAGAGUCUCCCACUAGAGCCCUCAUCUCUCUCCCUCUGGACCUCAACCCAUGAACUCAACUCAUGAACCAAUAAACCUCCCAUGAACCAUUCCCAAACCCCAAAUCUUUGGACUUCAACCCACACAUGAACCCUGCACCAACCCCUCACCUGAACUCCAACUACCACACCCCUGACUUCUAACCCUUAACCUUUGCCCAGCAGAGCUCAGCGACGUCUGGUCCAUCUCCAGUGAGAAUGUCCGAACGGAACUACGGACCCCCAGUACCCUCAACACCAUCACAGAGGAGUAACACACACGCACACAGACAUACAGCCACUCACCCAGUCACGUACACACAAAGUGUGACCGGACAAGAAUGAGCAUAGGGAAACGGGAAGGAAAACAAGAGAAGAGGAUGAACUUAAUGUGUAAAAAGAGGAAGAGGCUGAUUUAAUGUGAAAGAUAAGCCAGUAUUUUGAUAAUCCUGACUAAGGCUGUUGUUCCUGUGUCCUCACCUGACCAGCUCAUUCACACCCCCUCUGGUGACCACUGGAACUGCAGAACUGAAUUGCUCAAAUAUGAAAUAUACACUGACCAAAAAAUAAGUGUUAGUCCCAUAUUUAAUGAGCUGAAAUAAAAAAUCCCUGAAAUGUUCUAUAUGCACAAAAAGCUUAUUUCAUCACUGUUAGUGAGCAUUUCCUCAUUUACCAAGAUAAUCCAUCCACCUGACAGGUGUGGCAUAUCAAGAAGCUGAUUAAACAGCUUCUUGAGGUGCACCUUGUGCUGGGGACAAUAAAAGGCCACUUUAAAAUGUGCAGUUUUGUCACACAACACAAUGCCACAGAUGUCUCAAGUUUUGAGGGAGCGUGCAAAUGGCAUGCUGAGUGCAGGAAUGUCUACCAUAAACUGCCUCCAAUGUUGUUUUAGAGAAUUUGGAAGUACGUCCAGCUGGCCUCACAACUGCAGUCCACGUGAAACCAAGUCAGCCCAGGAUCUCCACAUCUGGCUUCUUCACCGGCGAGAUCAUCUGAGAUGGGUUUGGAGUGAGGGGUAAUGAGGAGUAUUUGUCUGUAAUAACUAAUUCUGAUUGACUGGGCCUUGCUGUCAAUUGGGUGGGCCUAUGCCGUCCAAGGCCCACCCAUGGCUGCACCCCUGCCUAGUCAUAUGAAAUCCAUAGAUUAGGCCCUAAUUCAUUUAUUUCACUUGAAUGAUUUCCUUAUAUGAACUGUAACUCAGUAAAAUCUUUGUUGCAUGUUGCGUUUAUAUUUUGGUUCAGUAUAUUGUUUUAAUUCUUAUAACUGUAAAGACAUCAGCUGCAUUAGAGGAAUGUAUUAAAUAGUGUCUUAUAUUUUCUGUGUGAGUGAAUGGAUGCAGGUGAACACUGACUGUACUGUGGUUUUAGUUUGAUAAGGUUUUAAUGAUCAGGAGUUGCUAUUUAUAUUUGAAUGUAUGACCAAGCAAUAGCCUAGGGUUUUAGCAUGGCAGUGAAUACAGCAUCUGCUUCUGCUAACACACAUAUCUAUCUAUCAUGAGAUCUACUCCUAAAUCUUAAUUGUUUAUUUUGAGGUUGUAGAAGCUGUGUAUGACUUUCAGGUGUUGUGUGGAAAGUUGCUGGUUUCAAGUGUUAAUCUGUGGGUUGGCUGGUUGGUAAUGGCUCUGCGGACAGUGUUGAGCAGGAGACAGGAGAUCCAAGUGCCAUAGGAGACACAAUGUCCACAAGCCACUGGCCAGCCAUACAGAGGAGAGGAGAGAGAUUUUAUGGGCUUCUACAAAACUUUUGUUUUUAUCUGAAGCCUUCUAGAACUCGCCAAGAGAUUCUGGAACCCUCCCAAGACAUUCUAGAACUAUCCCAGGGCAUUUUAGAACACGCAAAGACAUUCUAGAACUGUCCCAAUACAUUCUCACAAGUCAUUCUAAAACUCUCCAAGACAGAAAAUACAUGUUGACAAUCUGUAUGUUCACAGUAAACCAACUAACAAUAGAGCAGUUGAUAUCCUGAUGACCAGAGAGUAAAAUAAUGAUCUUCUGCCAUUGGUGGAAUUGCACUCCGCCUUGCUUGCAUUAGAGACCGCUAGGCUAUACAAAUACCAUGCUAUCAGGAAUCGAAACCUAUAUUUGGUCCCAACAAUGAUUCAAAGGUAUCAAACACUCCGAAUGUAAUUGUUGUUAAAUAGCAAAAGGAUACAUAGUAUUUCUGGUUGUUUUCUGUAUAACAGGACGACCGUUUUGUUUUAAUGUAUAUGAGCCUUCUCUAUGUUAUGUUACUAUUUUCUGACUGUAAAUGGUAUUACCUGAUAUUAAAAAUCUAUAAAGGA